ACAGUAUACACAUGGGCAAAGUGGGCAUGGAUCCGCAAAAAACGGAUGACAUACGGAUGUGUUCCGUAUCUGUCAGCGGAACGGAUAUAUGGAAACUGAAUGCAUACGGAGUACAUUGCGUAAUUUUUUUCUUUUUUUGGUGGAACCAUUGAAAUGAAAGGUUGCAUAUACAGACCACAAACACAAUCCGCAAGAAUGGAAACGGAAAAAAAAAACGUUGGUGCGCAAGAGGCCUAAAGCAAAUGCACCAAAAAGAAUAGUCCAUAGCUCACCUGCUUCAAGCAGCCAUACAAAUAAAAGGAAAAAAGCACCAUUGUUCAGAGACCAUCCAAGAGUCCACUCGAGAAGCUACAUAACAAGAGAGGGUAAUGCAUAUAAGAUACUACCUAACUCCCUCCAGGUAGAUCCACCACUGUGUAACCUACCAGUCUCCACAGACUAGAGCUGCUUCCGCUAUCUGUUGUCUCUGGUGGCCGGGUAUCGGGGCGCCCAACGAGCCGUGGUAUUCAGAUUCCAUGGUUUAAACUAUUCUCCUACACCUGACAGCAGUGGAUCUUCAUAUCUUUGAUCUGUCUACCUGGAGUGGGGUAAGUGUUGUUUUUUUUAUACGUUAGUAUAUUGUUUUUCUAUAGAAACCUUUUUGGGGGGCUGGUGUUUUUUAUUUUCAUGACUGCUGGUUCUAUAUUCUGGCCACUGUAAUCUGGACAUCUGUGGUCCAGCACCCUCGUCACUGGAUGCCCUUUAGGACAGAGAUCCCUGUGCCUGUGGUGAUAUAUAUUUUGGGGAAACUACCUUGCUGUUCGGUAUAGUGACGGCUCCCCCUUCACUCGAUGAGUCUCAGCAUUUUGUGCUAUAUUAUCUCCCAGGAGCACUGUCUCUUUUUUUGAUACUUGUUUUCUGUAGCUCACCUGCUUUGGAGCAUGACUUAGAGGGGUUGUCCCAUCUCAGCUUUUCAUGGUCGAGAUGGGGAUAACUGCAGGUGGAUGGACUUAUGGAAACAUCCGAUUGGUUGUUUCCCUGACUUCCAUAGCAGUGAAUGCGAGCUACACUGCUUGCGUAACUCCUGAAUUAUGGAAACUGUUGCUCCCAUUCACUGCCGUAGGAGUUACGGAAACAGUGAAGCAGUGGACGCUCAGCCACUUCCCUAACUCAGUCCCCCCCUGACUGGUGCUUACUACAGUUAUUCCCAUCCCAGCUGUGAAAGGCCAAGAAAAGACAACCCCUUUAAUAUGCAACAAUGUUCAUAAGACUGAGACAAAAUUUUGGCACAAGGUAACCCAACUAAUUGGCGGUGAGAAGAUUCGCUUACGUUUAUGCUGUAUACAUAUUUGACGGGCUUAGUAAAUCUGAACCACGGAGUUUGCGCUUUUUUUUUUUUUUAAAUGUUGAGUAGUUUUAUCUGGAAGUUUGUCACGGAUUAUGUAUACUAGUGACUUUCACCUCUGCUUUGUUGUAUUUUCGGUGGCCGAGAUGGGCAUUGUGUGGCUAGCAAACACUCCCCUUCAGAAGGAGACUUAUGGAGAGCAGAUGCCUGGCACAGGCCAAAAUCUUUGUGCCAUAUGUUCAUUGUGCCAGCUUUCUUGGUGGAAAAAGCACAUUAGGAUUCUGUAUUGAGCUGCCAUGAAUGCAGGCCUGCAGGUCUAUAACAGUGUCCUCACCUCAUCGUGUCACCUGUACCCUGACUACGUCUGGUAUUCCAUAAGUGACCAUGUACAUGACUUCUAUCUAGUGCCUAGGUGUUAGAGAUCACUGCAUCAUUUUGUGAAGGGACCUUUAUUAUCUCAUAUUGGGUGUUAUGGAUAAUAAUAUUAGUAACGUGUUACAUCAUCCUUAUUUCAUUGAUAUAAUGUCAUUAUGCUUUCCUGCUUUUUAAAUUGAUUCAACAGAUGCCUUUUCUCUCAUGUCUGGAUUAAAUAAGAUCUGAAAUAUGAAUGAGGAGUUUUUGCACAAAUCGCCAUGGCUAACCCACAGUCGAGCUGGCUGAAGCCAUGCUGUGGCAAGAGGGCUACAGUGUGGCACGUGUUUCUGCUGAGUGCAGGAGUGAAUAGCUUCCUGGUGGCCUGUGUGAUCAUAGUGGUAAUCCUAAUGACUAUGGAGCUCCUGAUCGACACAAGGCUACUUCAGUUCUCAAAUGCCUCGCAGUGUUCAGGGAUCAUACACUGGAUCAGUCUGUCCAUUCUCUCCUUGUUCUUUGUGGAGACUGUAGUAAGGAUCAUUGUUCUGGGCAUCUGGGAUUAUAUUGAGAACAAAGUUGAGGUAUUAGACGGAGCUGUCAUUAUUCUCUCACUUGCUCCCAUGGUGGCGUCUACAGUAGCCAAUGGGCCUAGUAGUCCAUGGGAUGCCAUCAGCCUCUUUAUUUCUUUGAGGAUAUGGAGGUUAAAGAGAAUUAUUGAUGCUUAUGUCCUACCCUUGAAAGUGGAUAUGGAGAUUAUGGUACAGCAGUAUGAGAAAACCAAGCUAAUCCAGGAGGAGCAGUUGGAAAGACUGACACAGAUGUGCCAAGAGCAAGCGUUUGAAAUUCGUCAGCUUAGAGCUCACCUUGCACAGCAAGAUUUGGACCUUGUUGCCGAGAGGGAACGAGCCUUUAAACUACCGCAUGAUCUACAGAACAAAAACGACCGGUUCAAAGUAGUGUCGGGCAGAGAUUCUGAUGAGGAAGCAACAGAAAAUAUUACAGAGCUUUCACAUGAAAUGAUUAUGAAGGACGACAUGAACAAUUAUAUAACGCAGUAUUAUAAUGAAGCCAGUAGUGAAAGUGGAGUUCCUGGGACAUGUAUUAUCACUACAGCAGCUAUUGAUGUCCAUCAUCACCCCAACAUUUCCUCUGACUUGUACUCUGCAGAAGUACCAUUCAAUGCAGAACAGGCCAGCAACUCCAGCAGUAUUACCUCGGUGAGUGGAUCCAGAUCUUCAGAGAGCUCAGAAACACUAGCACAGAGUAUUAGCAGCCAAGCAUUCUGCUCCUCCACAGACUGCAGUACCAGAGAGGAAUCCACAGAAUACUGUCCUCUGGCUCAAACCAUCAGAAAUCGAGUGAACAAAACCGCUGUACAGGAACUUUUAUCCUCCCUUUCUGACGACUCUUCCUUCAUUCAGAAAGGGCUAGAUCCAGCCAACGUACACCUCAGCAAUCCUAUAGGUUUACAUACAAGAAGUCCUAGACAUGGGCUAAAUAUCUGCAACAGGGUGAACCGGGAGGGCUUUGGCGCGUUCCACGACAGGUCAGUGAUUCCACUCAAUCUGCCUCUUUUAGAGAGUAAACCUAUCAAUACAGAGUUAAAAUAAAGCAGAGCCUUAGAUUUAUACCUCAGCGGAGUGCAUUAGAUUCCUCCAAGGCAGUAGCCACUUCUGCUGCUAUCAAGGCUAUUACUUUAGGAGCAUUGUAUAGAGCUAAACAUGAAAUCUUAUCCAGAGAUCACCCGGUCCAGCGGGAUGCCAGUCGCUGUACUGAAGCCAAAUAGGAACCAUGUUCAUCAGAAGCCUAGAUUCAUCGUUCUCAGGAGAUGUCAGAAGAGUGGCUGCUGGACCUCACCCUAGAGUUUACAAGACUGGUUCAUUAAUGCAUGCAUUUGUGUACAGUGAACUUUGCUACAAUACUGAGGACACAAACCACAGAAGUCUCAGCAGGUAUGACCACAUAGCUGCAAUCUUUCCUUUACUCAUGACUACAGAUUUUCUACAGAUGCCGUAAUAUUUUUUAAUGCACAAUGAAGUUUUGGCAGUUCUUGGAAAUGCAAGAAAUAAAAUAACCUGUACGAGUACAUACAUAGUUGUCUUAUUUCAGUAUCCACUGCUGUGUCACUUGGUUUGCAUCAUUAAAAUGGUUUUUAAUAAGUCUUAGGCCUUAUGCACUUGACCGAAUUUUUAGUACAUAUCCGGUCAGCACUUUUUGCAGAUCACACCCAGACCCAUUUAUUUCUAUACAUCCGCAAAACGGUUGCAGUCAUGUGCAGCAGGCCUUAGGGUAUGUUUAUGUGCAGUUUGUACUAGAAAAUAAAAACUGAUGCGGAAUCUGCUUCAGAAUGGUUUUUGGAACAGUUUCAUUGAAAACUGCAAGUGGAAAAAAGCAUUUCAUUAGUUCCUAUGCGGAUUCCCUCAUUCAAUUAUUGGAGAAGACCUGCAUGCAUUUUU